AUCAUUUGGGAUCAGUGGGAGGACUUCCUCUUGCAUGGAGUGCAAAGUCAGGUUUCUGAACUGGCCCUGUGCAAGGAGGGGGAAGGAACUCAUGACUGGAUAUUUGUAGGCAUUGUAGUCCGUAAGGGCUUAACAUGCUCAGCUACCAGUUGUGGUCAGACCCAAUUCCCCCUAUCGUUGGUCAUUCAACAAGUAUUUAUUGAGUAUUUCCGAUGUGUCAGGGCUUGUGCUAGUGCCUAAGGAUUCCUAUAUGAAGACCCAGUCUCUGCCAUGAAAGACUUCACAAUCUACCAUCAGAGUCAAACAAGGAAACAAACCACAGUAUUCUGUGUAUGCCUUAAUGGAGGCAUGUGCAAGGGAUUCUGGGAUUACAGGCACAAAGAAGAGCUUUCCUGGGGAAGAUAACUUUGAUUUGUGUUUUUAAGGAAGAGGAAGAGUUGAGGCAGGCAAGGCAAGGAGGGUCACUCUAGACUAGGGAAUUAGCACAAAGAAAAGCAUAAAAAUGUGACCAGGAACUCCUGACAAAGGGGUGGACAUUAAUGCAUUCCCUAACAUGUAACAAAUCAGAUCGUCAGCCCUAAGCUCGUGCCCCUUGCCAGACUUGGGGCUGUAAUAGUAGCUGCUGAAUUGCAGUAAUACAGGAGCAGGAGGUGGGGAGAAGGAGGUAGAUUUAUUAGCAGAUGCUGACUGAAACAGUUUCAGGGAGGGAACUAAGGAAGAGAGCUGGAUCUUUGUCCUCUGGGCCAAGCCUGCACAGGUGUGUGCUGGGGGUUCUGGGCAGUGUUUUGAAAGCUCAUGGCCCAGGCACAUGGCUUCGCUUCUCUCAUGGCAAAAUCCUUUGCUCCACUCAGCCUGCCCCUCCUUUCUAUGUUCUUUCAAAAAAAGAAAUUAAUGGAAUCCGUUCAAAAUACCCCUGAAAUGAAAUUACAUUUUUAACUCUAAUUACCCUAAUUAAAAUUUGACAGCAGUAAUCCUGGAAUGGCAGAUAUGCUAAGUACCCCAUGCCUGUGACAAGCUCACUUACCCAGAUGGAAUGUUGUUCCGUUCUGGGCUUAGGAGAAAAAUUCUUUUGUGUGUUUGUUUUGUUUUGUUUUGUUUUUUCCCAUCAGCAAUUUAGUCUUUGGCCUCAUAGCUUCCCCGGGCUAGGAUAGCCGUACUUGUGGGCUAUAGGCUUGCCCAGGACCUUUAAUCUCAGUAGAGAUCCCUUUGUAGAGGCGAUGCUCCUGAUGAUUCUUACCACAUACUUUUGAGUUUCCUCUUCAUUUGAGGUUGGACUGCCUGCCCUGAGGCCUUUCCCUGGGUGAAAUCCCCUGCCUUCAGGACCAGGGAUCUGUGCUUGUUAGAAGGCUGUCUCCUGAUCUAGGGCUAGAUAUGUGUCUGGGAUCAUUUUAUGGCUGAUAUUAAGAAUACAGUUUGAGGUCAGGGGCAGAGGUUUGAAAAUAAGAUCCCUCUUUUCACAUAUCUGAGCACAGGCUAGAACCACCUCGUAAAAUGCUUGGUCUUAACCAGUUACCUGGCCAGUUUGAGGAACACAAAAGGGAGGUGGGGGGCAGCUCUUGAAGCCGACUGAAGGCUCUGUUGAUGCUGUGAGUAUUCAGUUAGAAACAAAGGUCCCCAUGUUCUAGUGACCUUAAAAGGGCCUAGAAACCAAGCCUGUUCAGUCAGCAGACACUGCGUGCUAUGUUAGGUACUGCAAAGGAUACAGAGUUGACUAUGACACAGUGCUUGCCCCUGUGAGGCUGACAAUUGUGGGGGAGUGGGGAGGCGGUGGUGGGUGAGGGACAGCCCUAUAUAGAGGGCUAAUUAAGGCAAGCAAGGACUUUCACAGGUGUUGCCGUUUGAACUUGUCCCUGAAUAGGUAUUAUUGACAGGAAUGGAGGGCAUUGCUGGCGUCAGGGAAUAGCAGGGGGGAAAGGUAGGAAGUUGCCAGGUGAGAGCCUGCUGUAAUUGGAGUACAGUGUGCAGGGGAACGGUAUGGUAGAGGGUGGGGGUAGAGUUUAAACUUUAUCUUGUAGGCAAAGGAGAUCCAUGAGGGUACAGGGCUUGUCAUAUGAGUGUGUAUGAUGGAUUGGGAGACAGGGUGGUUAGAGACAGUAGAUUAGUUAGAACAGGUGUCAGCAAACCAUGGCCUGUGGGCUGAGUCCAGUCUGCUACCUCUUUUCAUAAAAUUGGACUGAGGUACUACACACUUGUUUGUUCCUCUCUGAGUGUUUUCAUAGUACAGUGGCAAAGUUGAAUACUAUAGAGACUGCUAUAGCCCACAAAACCUAAAAUAUUUACUGAUACAGAAAAAGUUUGCUGGCCUCCGAGUUAGAAGGUAAUUAUGAAAGUUCUGUAAGAGACUAGGCCUGAAAUGAAUUGGAGGUUUCAAAUGAGACUUUUCAGAAGGGACAGCAUGAUUUAGCAGAAGACACUAGCCCUGCCUACCUCUUAAAACUUUAUAAAGAUCAAAUUUGCUGAAAGUUACCAUGGUCACAAAAGGACACAGGAUACCAACAAGUCCUGGUUUGCCCUUAUUAGCUGUGUGACCUUGGACAAAUCACUUGUCGGAAGUUCAGGUGAAUAUGGUAAAUAGGACAAAGAAUUCUUCCACUUGGUGCAGAGCUCUGCCACUUCUCUGUGCUUCACUUGCAGUUUAUAAGUCUGAGUGCCCUCUAAUGGAAGAGACACAUACCCUCAAAUCUGGAACAUAGUUUGAGUUGAGAAGUUGGGGAUGGUGGGCAAGAGGGUUUUGAUCACCCAGAGUAGCUGCUGUUGUGGGAGAGAGGCUCAUGAUUCUUUGAGGACACUGUUUACCCUUUUUAUUCCUUAACUGCUCACACUUGUUCUAGCCACAUUGAACUUCUACCCUUCAGCUUCCAGAGCAUAUUAGGCCUCUGUAAAACCAAAGGCUGGAUUUACUUCUCGGUUCCCUCUCCCAGCCAGAAACUGCGUGAGCCUUGUUCCCAGAGGCAGCUGGUGCUGACCCUGUGACCCAAAAGAGAAAAUUGUGGGCUGAGCUCAGCCUUGGUACUGGUGGCCACCAUGUCCUUGAAGAUCCAGACAAGCAAUGUAACCAACAAGAAUGACCCCAAGUCUAUCAAUUCUCGGGUCUUCAUCGGAAACCUCAACACAGCUGUGGUGAAGAAGUCGGAUGUGGAGACCAUCUUCUCCAAGUAUGGCCGCGUGGCCGGCUGUUCUGUGCACAAAGGCUAUGCCUUUGUCCAGUACGCCAACGAGCGCCAUGCCCGGGCAGCUGUGCUGGGAGAGAACGGGCGGGUGCUGGCCGGGCAGACCCUGGAUAUCAACAUGGCUGGAGAGCCCAAGCCCAACAGACCUAAGGGGCUAAAGAGAGCAGCAUCUGCCAUAUACAGUGGCUACAGCUUUGACUAUGAUUACUACCGGGACGACUUCUACGACAGGCCAUGCUGCAGCCUCUGGCCCAUUUGCCCCUACAGGCUCUUCGACUAUCGGGGCCGCCUGUCACCUGUGCCAGUGCCCAGGGCAGUCCCUGUGAAGCGACCCCGGGUCACAGUCCCCUUGGUCCGGCGUGUCAAAACCACCAUACCUGUCAAGCUCUUUGCCCGCUCCACAGCCAUUACCGCCGGCUCAGCCAAGAUCAAGUUAAAGAGCAGUGAGCUGCAGACCAUCAAGACAGAGCUGACACAGAUCAAGUCCAACAUCGACGCUCUGCUGGGCCGCUUGGAGCAGAUUGCCGAGGAGCAGAAGGCCAACCCAGAUGGCAAGAAGAAGGGCGACAGCAGCAGUGGCAGUGGCGGGGGCAGUAGUGGUGGCGGCAGCCGGCCGCCAGCCCCCCAAGAGGACACGGCUUCUGAGGCAGGCACGCCCCAGGGAGAAGCCCAGGCCCGGGACGACGGCGACGAGGAGGGGCUGCUGACGCACAGUGAGGAGGAGCUGGAGCACAGCCAGGACACAGACGUGGAGGAUGGGGCCUUGCAGUAAGCAGCCUGACAGGAGCGAUGGCCACCGGCAGGAGAAGGGCGUGCACUGUACCAGGCCUAAAGCUGGGCACCCGCCCCUGGAGACUACUCCCAGCGGGUCCCAGGAGAGCCAGCCGCAGGCACCUCCUCCCGCACACAUCCCAGCCAGUGCCGCAUUCUCCGCAGGUGGAGUUAUUGGCCACCCCUCCCCUCACGCCCUCCCUGCUGGCACCGCCCAGGCCAGAGGGCAGCGCACAGUGGUUUCCCCACACUCUACCUCCCCUCCCAGGACACUCCCAGGCUUGGGGUUUUUCUAUAGGUUUGGAGAGGGGAGGGUACCCUGACAAUAAAGAGAUUGGAUCCCAACUU